AUGCACGUCAAGUUUACCAUAAACGGAAAACUGUACCAGGUUUCUCCGGAUCAGCUGCCGAUCGAUGCAUCGCUGAACAACUUCAUACGAAUGCGGGCGCACCUGACAGGGUCCAAGUUUAUGUGCCUCGAGGGUGGGUGUGGUGCGUGCAUCAUAAAUGUCGUGGACACCCAUCCGGUUACUAAGCAACGCAUCACAUUUUCCGUGAACUCGUGUUUGUUUUCGGUGUUCUCCUGCCAUGGCAUGGACAUCCUUACAGUGGAGGGUAUCGGCUCGAAGGCCACCGGUUACCACCCUGUGCAGGAGCGGCUGGCCCAGUACAACGGCUCUCAGUGCGGCUUCUGCUCGCCCGGAAUGGUCAUGAGUAUGUACAGUCUGCUCGAGGCCAAUAAUGGCUCUGUCACGAUGGAGGACGUUGAAAAGGGACUAGCUGGGAAUAUCUGCCGUUGUACUGGUUACCGUCCAAUUCUGGACGCGUUCAAGUCGUUCGCCAUCGAUGCACCAUCGCAGGAUAAGCUGACGAGACGCGCCAUGGGCAUUGGCCUCUGUCAGUCAGAUAUUGAGGAGAUGCCUCGACCUGCCAGCUGCAUUGGGUGUGAGCGAGAGUGCUCGGCCAAAGGUUGCUUUGAUGAAACCAUGGAACUUCGAUUCGCACGUCUCGAUCGACGUUGGUACCGCGUGCGAACGGUCGAUGAGAUAUUCGAUAUCCUGCGAGAGGAGAACGUAGACAUUGGGACGUACAUGCUGGUGGCUGGUAACACCGGCCAUGGUGUCUACAGGAGAGAGCAGACCCUGCGGAUAUUUAUUGACGUGCGAAACGUUGAGGAACUGCGUAACUACUGGAUCGGCAGUUCGGUUAUACUAGGCGCGAAUGUCACGUUAAGUGAAUUGGUUGAAAUACUUCGUGAAGCGGCACAAACGGACCUUCGAUUUUCGUACUGCAAGGAACUGGCGCGACACGUCGAGGACAUCGCCCAUCCGGCCGUGCGUCACGUAGGCACAAUUGCUGGAAACCUAGCGCUUAAACACCGUCAUCCCGAGUUUCCUUCAGAUCUAUACUUGCUGUUCGAAGCGAUCGGUGUCGAAAUGACGAUCGCCUCACCAAGUGGUGCUAUGGAAAAGCUGCUGCCCGGCCAAUUCCUUGCUUUCGAUAUGCACCGGCGCGUGCUACUCAACGUUACUCUGCCCGCGCUCGAUCCGGACCGGUGCGUGUUUCGUUCAUUCAAGGUGGCAGCACGGGCGCAGAACGCCAGUGCCCAAGUAAAUGCUGCGUUUUUGGUACGCUUCUGCGCACGCAAAAUCAACAUCGAGCACGCACGGCUCUGCUUCGGGGGCAUCGCACCAAAGUUUACUCACGCUUCCCGGACGGAGCAGUACCUUGAAGGGCGGAACCCGUUCAACAACGUCACCCUGCAGGAAGCGUUUGCCCUGCUUAACGCCGAGCUAAGCGCCCAAUCGGAACAUCCAGUUGGUGCGGCAUACCGCCGCCAGGUGGCCGUCGGUUUGCUGUAUCGCUUCAUCCUCCACAUAGCACCUCGCGAUCGGCGCAUUGCUAGCCCUACGGUGAGAUCGGGGGGUUCGGCCCUUCCACGACCGCUUUCCUCCGGUGUCCAGUCCUUCGAUACAUACCCCUCAAACUGGCCACUUACGCAAGCCCUUCCAAAGCUGGAAGCACUCCACCAGACGGCUGGCGAAGCGAUUUAUGUCAACGACCUUCCCUCGAGGCCUGGUGAACUGCACGCCGCCUUCGUCCUGGCCACGGAGGCCCGACGCUCGAUCGUUGCCAUCGACUCCACGGCCGCCUUAGCUCUCCCGGGUGUUGUAGCGUUUUAUUCCGCCGAAGACAUCCCGGGAGAGAACGAUUUCGCCUCGCUCAAGAACGGCCUCAAUACGGCAUUCCCGUUCCGGAGUACACGCGAGGAGAUCCUGUGCAGUGGGUUCGUCCUGUACCACGGUCAGCCGGUGGGCAUUGUGGUCGCAUGCACGUUCGAGCUGGCCAACGAGGCUGCAGCAUUGGUGCAGGUGUCCUAUGGUGACGUGAAUGCUGCUCCGAUUCUGCCCACGGUGGAGGAUGUACUUUCGUACGGCGGCGGAGACGUAUCCGGACGUGUCAUAACGCUUGAGCCCGAUGUUGUUGGUAGGUCGUACAACCGACCACGGCCUACUGGCUCCGUCAGAGUGUCCGGUACGUGCCGUUUCCGUAGUCAGGCCCACUUCAUGCUUGAGCCACAUACCUGUUUAUGUAUCCCGGCAGAGGAUGGCGCCGGCAUGCAGGUGUACAGUGCCACUCAAUCGAGCCACAUGGUACAGGUGGCGAUCGCGAAGUCCCUAAGGCUGCACCAGAGCAACAUUCAGGUGAUCGUUCUCCAACUUGGGGGGUCAUAUGGAGCGAAGCUUUCUCGGGGGGCCUGGGUGGCUAGUGCGUGUGCCCUUGCCGCGUACCUCACACACCGGCCUGUCCGGAUGGUUGUGCCCUUCGAGACGACAAUGAAGGGGCUGGGACGGCGCAUCGGCGGCCACUGUGAGUACGAGGUAGAAGUACGCCCGGGCGAUGGUCGCAUCUUGCGCCUGCUAAACACCUACCACGAGGAUCAGGGCGCAUCUCAGUACGAGGCAAUGGCCAUGCUAUUUCGAGAGGCGUUCCGAAACUGCUACAGUGACGAUCGGUGGCGGCUACAGCUGCGAGGAGUUCUAUCAGACUCGCCCAGUACAACGUGGCUGCGGUCUCCUGGCACGGCCGAAGCGAUCGCUACGAUAGAGACGAUCAUGGAACACGUAGCGUUCGUGACUGGACUCGAUCCACUCGCCGUAAGGCUUACCAAUAUAGAGCCGGCGUGCAAGAUGGCCUCCUUGCUACCGACGUUCUACCGUGAUGUGGAGUUCGAGGCUCGCCGAGCCGCCAUCGAUCGGAUAAACGCCGCAUGUCGAUGGAGAAAGCGAGGUAUCGCGAUUGCACCGAUGGGCCACCCAAUCCGGUACAUUUCCGGCAGCAUGAACGCGUGGGUCUCGAUCUACCACGGUGAUGGCAGCGUGGGGAUCACGAUCGGGGCACCCGAGGUGGGUCAAGGUAUCAACACGAAGGUGGCGCAAGUCGUAGCCCACACACUCGGCAUCCCACUCGCACUAGUUUCCGUGAAGCCGCACUCGAGCAUUGGCUCUCCGAACGCGUUCAUAUCCGGUGGAAGCAUCUGCACAGACCUCGUUGCGUACUCUGCCCGGCGAGCCUGUGAGACCCUGCUGGACCGCAUCCGGCCAGUGCGGGACGAUAAUCGGACGGCAUCCUGGGAAGCGAUCGUGCAGACAUGCUACCAGCGGCGCAUCGAUCUGACCGCGUCGUACAACGUCAAGCGAACGGACCUGCGCGAGUACACCGUGUGGGCUUUGUGCGCCGUAGAACUCGAGCUGGACAUCCUGACAGGGCAGUCGCAGCUGUUGCGCGUUGAUAUCCUGGAAGACACGGGUGAGAGCAUGAACCCGCUGCUGGACGUUGGCCAGAUCGAGGGCUCGUUCGUGAUGGCGCUAGGGUUCCACCUGCUGGAGGAACUGCAAUACGACCGAAGGACCGGGGCUCUUGCUAACUUCCGCACGUGGAACUACAAGCCACCGUCGGCACGAGACAUCCCGAUCGAUAUGCGCAUACGGUUGCUCCAGAAGAGCUCGAACGCGGCAGGUGUACUACGUUCGAAGGCCACUGGUGAACCAGCAUAUAACUUGGGCGUGACGGUGCAAUUCGCGCUUCGGUAUGCACUAGCUGCUGCACGUCGAGACGCCGGACUACCGAGAGAGUGGAUCGAGCUGGGGACCUCAACCACGCCGGAAAAAAUACUUGCACUCACAGGCACCACGAUCGAUCAGUUUGUGCUACACUAA